UUGAACCAACGAAGUGAAGUGUAGACAUUGACUCUGAAUGUUUCUUUAAAAUCUUUGCGCGGAUCAAGAGAAAUUUCUACUUGUUUCUAUAUUACAUGCAAAAUAUGGUAUACCUACAUUUUCCAUCGAAUUUAACCGAAGAAGAAUUGAUGUUGCAAGCGAAGUACAAUAAACUUAAAAGAAAGGUAUACGAUAGGUUAUGUUUAUACAUUUUAAUAUAUACAUAAAAAAGGCGCUGCAAGACUUAAAAGCACCAAAGCAAGAAGUUGAACGAAUACCGCAAGCACCGAAACGGCCGACAGAAGCUAGAGAUGCUAGAGAAAUUGCUAAGAAGUUGAUAAAGUCUGGAGUGAUUACAGCUCCAAAAACUCCUAAACGGCCAGAGCAAUCCUUUAAAAGACCACGUGGAUUAGUAAGAAAGUUGAACAGUACAGAGAAGACAAUAAGCUCCUAUCAGCCAUUCUCAGCCACACAAAUGGAAGAAGAAGAAACAGAAACAGUAAGGCCAAGGGUUAAAGAUUUGUAUGAUAGUUUUGUAAGUGCUCAAGACACAGAGGAACGCACCAGUAGAGACGUUCAAACACCAUCUAAGCAAGAAAUAAAGCCAAGAGCUGGAAAUACAAUAUUCGUGUGCGGCUACAAGAUAUCAGAGGAUUUUUUAAAGAAGCAUUUUCAAACAUUUGGGAAUAUUAUAAAUAUUUCAAUGGAAGCAGAGAAAAACCGUGGAUUCGUUACAUUUGACAAAACAGAAGCUGCUGAAAGAGCAAUUAGCGAGAUGGAUGGCAGUAUGGUAUCUUCCAUUCAGUUGAAAGUAUCGCUGGCACGAAGGCAACCCAUUAUAGAAUCUAUGACUGACGCCACGUCCAGUUCUAUGUGGUCGCCGAUCGCGGCGAAUUAUUCACAGAAAAGUGCACAUAAAGAUAGGAGAGACCUGAAAGUGUAUGAGGAAGAUCUUUUUAUGUGAAUGCAGUAUCUUUUAAUGUUUUAUACGUUUCCUUAGAAUAUGUCGAAAUUGUCAUUCAAAAUAAAAUUGUAAAUAGACCUUAAUCUUUGUAAGGUAUCAAAAAAUAUUUUUUUCGAAUUGUGUACCUUAAUUGUUACGAUGCCGCCGCUAUAUUCGUUACUAGUCGAGUGGCCACGCGAGAUACAAAACAUUGUCUUAUUUAACAUUGUUUUUUCGCGUGUUAUUUCUUGUUGAUCGCUGAUCGACAAGAUGACAUAUCGAAUUUCAACUUUUUUCUAUGAAGUUUCCAUGUUGAUAAAAAAUAGUUGGUGAAAAACUUGUUUUUGGUAAUAGAUAUUUAUAAUUGAAUUAUAUAUAUACAUACAUAUGUACAUAUAUAUAUAUGUAUAUAUAUACUGUUUUUAUACAUAUUCAUCACUAAAUAAUUAAAUACAAGUAUUUUCGUAGCAAAUUAUGUGCAGGUAUUGUUUCCUUCACAUUAGUCAGUCAACACAAUAAAUAUUCACCUG